GACUUUGGAAAACCAUCAGCACCCCUUCCUGCAGCAAUUGUAGCAUGGAACCUCUCGAAGAAAAGUACAGACAUCUUCGUACCAUUCCAUAAGACUCUACUAGACACGACUUCACAGACACCCUAGGAUACUUGAACUCUGUGCUCUGAUACCACGUUUGUAACUCCCCAAAAAUGGGUUCCGAGACGUUACACGGUGCUUAGGAUCAUAAGUGACCCCAAGCUAACCUUUCUAUUGGCAUAACUCAUAAGCAACUGAAUAAAAUGCAUAAAUCUAGAAGAAUAAUGCGAAAGUUAACUCUUUUCUGGAUCUGCUCAA